AUGACAAAAAAGCUGACGACGACAACAAUUUAUUUGGAUCGGUCACAAAUCAUGUCGAAUCCUGAAAAACCAAAGAUGGAGUUUUUCCGUCGCAUCCUUCCAGAGGAAUGUAUUUCAUUCUACUCAGAAGAAGGCAAGGCCAUAUUUUCUGAAGCUUUGUCCACUGGUCAUAUGAACUGUUACUUCAAAUUGGCUGCCCAGUUUCGUACUCAAGAUGAGCCUGCUUACUGCGGCCUGUCCACUUUGGUGAUGAUUCUCAAUGCUUUGGACGUUGAUCCAGGAGUCGUUUGGAAAGGGCCAUGGCGAUGGUACCACGAAAACAUGCUUGACUGCUGCAUUCCCUUGAAUAUCAUAAAGAAUGAAGGAAUAAAUCUUGAACAAUUUGCUUGCAUCGCAGAAUGCAAUUCUCUUUUAACUACAUGUAAUCGUCCAAAUCAAGACUCAAGUGAUGCCUUCCGACAGGUCAUAAAUGAAUACACACAACGUGAUGAUGCAUUUAUUGUUGCAACUUACUCUCGAAAAGUCCUUAAACAAACUGGAGAUGGGCACUUUUCACCCAUUGCAGGCUUCCACCCAGGGAAAGAUCUGGUUCUAAUAAUGGACACUGCUCGUUUCAAAUAUCCUCCACAUUGGAUUAAAGUUUCACUUUUACUGAAAGCAAUGAAUGCCCAAGAUAAAUCUACUGGUUUGUCACGUGGUUACAUUAUUCUGAAGAAGAAACAGAAUUCAGGUCCCCUUAUUUUAUUUAGCAUUUCCAAAAAUUGGUCUUUGAGUCUUCAUUAUUCUACACCGCCAGAAAUAUUGACAUUUUUGAAAAAAUGGUCUUCAUAUUUGCAAGAAGAAACAGCUGAAGACAGCCAGGAAAGAAUUGUAUCCCAAGCAGUUGACAAACUUUUAUCUUUGACCAUGGAACUAAAAGCUGAACACAAACUUCUACAAACUCAGAAAGUGGACACUUGUUGUCCAAGUGAAGUGACUAGUCAAUAUCAAUGUAUUAUUCAUGAAUUACUUCAACAACUGGAACAAACAGAAUUAUUCUCAAUUAUUGAAGAGCAAAUGAAACAUCAAGAAGCUAAAAUGAUGGCCGAACCCACAAAUCCUGUGUCUGAUAAAUAUCUUCAUUGCUCUCAGCGCAUCUUUGGCCAUUCUGCUGCGUUGGAAGAAUGGCACCACAAGAUCAAGACCAACCUUCACUGA